AUGGGUAUCUGGGACGCAUUUUCCGAUAUUGUCGAGGCCGUGACGCCCUGGAGCGUCGUCGAGGCCGAGGCUCCUGCCGCGGCUUCUCAGGAGGAGGAACCCGUCGAGGAGGCCAAGGAGGAGACCAACGAAGAGGGCAACGAGGAAGCCCAGGCCGAGGACGCCGAGAAGGAGGAGGAAGAGGGUGAAGAAGACGAGGAAGAGGAGGAGGAGGAAGAGGAAGAUGAGGAUGAGAUUGUCGACCCCAAGGACACCAUUGAAGAAGAGUGCAAGCAGUCCAAGCAGUGCUCCGGCCCCAAGCACCACUUCGACGACUGCGUCGAGCGCGUUCAGCAACAGGAGAGCGAAGGCGAGGCCAAGGAGGACUGCGUUGAGGAGUUCUUCCACCUCGCCCACUGCGCCACCGCCUGCGCCGCCCCCAAGCUGUGGUCGAAGCUGAAAUAA